UUUAAUUUUUGUUUUGGGUUUGAUUUGUCCUGGUUUACAUUAUCUUAAUAACAUUUUCAUGGUAUUAGCCUCCUGUUUUUCUUCAUUGCACAUUUUCCACAGAAACCAUGUCUCGUCGAGAAACCAACCCUCACUUUUCUAGACCACUGCAACCUCAGGUUGGAGAUCAGCAGCAGCCACCUAUUCCAACGGUGCCACACGAAGACUACCGCGGCCGACCAACUCUUCCGGUAGCAGCACCUGUUCCAACAGUGCCACACGAACACUAUCGGCCACGUGGCCGACCAACUAUUCCGGUAGCAGCACCUAUUCCAACUGUGCCACACCAAAACUACCGCGGCCAACCACCUUUUCCGGGACCAGCACCUAUACAAGAAGAUGCAUCUCACCAGCACAAUCCUCGUUUUUCAUUGCCACCACAUCAUGAAGAUCAUGUUCCAUUGCGUGCAGAUCAUGAUAGUCGUUUUCCAUUUCACCUUGAGCAAGAAGGUCAUCAUCAACCACCUAGUUUACAGGCUCCACGCAAGGGUAGCCGCAGCAGCCAACCCCCGCGUGGAGGUUCGCGCAAAAAGCAUCGAGAUCAUGAUCUCCGACCAGGCAAGUCAAGGGUAAAUUUUCAAGAGCCGUCGGUAAUACCACCACCACUUGAUCAUCCUCCUGAGCCUCGGCGGCAGCUGGCACCACACCAUGAGCGGCGUCACGGUGGUAUUAUAAGGUUUCCUAAAGAACAUAAAUCACCGCCUUUAACUUGGAUGGGUGCUUGCUUAUGUGUAAUAUUUUGGCUUGUCAUAAUCAUAGGAGCCUUAAUUGUCCUCAUAGUGUACUUGGUUUUUCGUCCACAAAUUCCUCAUUUUGAUGUGUCUAGUGUCACCCUAAAUGCUGCAUACCUUGAUGUUGGUUAUUUACUCAAUGCUGAUUUAACUAUGCUGACAAACUUCACAAAUCCAAACAAGAAAGUGCAUGUGGAUUUCAGCUCAGUGAUCAUUUAUCUGUACUAUGGAAACACCCUUAUUGCUACACAAUAUGUUGAGCCUUUCUCAGCUGCAAGGGUUCAGUCAAGAUUUGCAUAUAUUCAUAUGGUAACUAGUCAAGUUCAGCUACCACUAAAUGAGGCACAAAGGCUUGUGAAACAAAUGGAAAGCAAUGGCGUCUGGCUUGAUGUGAAGGGAGUUUUCAGAGCAAGAUCAAAGCUAGGAGCCAUCUUAAGGUAUUCAUAUAAUCUUUAUGGCCGUUGCAGCAUCAUGGUGGCACGCCCUCCUGAAGGGAUAAUGAUGAAACGAAAGUGUAGAACGAAACGUUGAUUUGGCAACAGAGAGGUUGUAGCAUUGGUAUUCUUUUUGUCCUUGAAAAUUUGGAGGAUUUUGGUGUUACUAUUUUGCCUAUUCCUCCUAGGAAUAACAUUUUAAGGGGUUAACAUUUAUAUUUUAAUUCAUGAACAUGUAGUUUUUCUUAAACUACAAAUUUGUAUCUCAAUUUUUUCUGAACUAGAAUAAUCAGAGGUUAUAUCACAUUUAUUAAUACUGGUAACAGUUUCUUAAUUCAUUUUUUUAUUUAUUAAAAAAGCUUCUUAAGGAGCUGUUAUUUUUAAGCUAUAAAUAUAAUAAGUUCCCAUGCUGUGUAUGAUGGAUUUGUUCAAUAGCCAAUCAAUCUCAAAUCCACAAUAUAGGGAGAUUUUAAUCUAAUGUGAUAUGUUUAGUGAUUUAUACAAUUUUAUUUUAUGCAUUUAUCAUACACUGC